AUGGAAUCACCAACAGCUUUCUUUGGUGCUGUUCCACUGGGCGAGCCGCAAGAUGGUCCUCCGAGUGUCCACACCAGGGUGCAUGACUAUAUGAACCUGAUGAGGCGCCGUGGUCUCGCUUGUCUUCGUGGUCUGCACCGUGGGCUUCUGCGGUCGGUGCUGGGCAGCGGGCUGGACAUCGAGGCGGCGGAGCAGGGGCGAGGCCUGCGGAGAGGCGCGCCGCAGCUGGGCGGCGAAGAGGUGGUCAUGGAUUUAAGUUUGCGAGGCAGCGGUUUUUCUGGGGGCCGCUUUUGUCUUGAAGGGAAGCUGAAGCCGUGGAACCUUUUUUCUUCCUUGUUUUUUGAGGGGGAGCCCUAG